AGCGAGCUUGGCCUGCUUGGUAUUGUAGCGGGUCAAUCAAUAGAGGAACCAAGGACUAAACUAACAUAAAGAACCAUUAAUACAAUGAAAAGAAAGUACUGCUGAAGAUGUACAAUAUGGAACAUCAAAUGUCAAUCUUUAUAAUCUCAAGAACCCUGAAAGUGAUUAUUAGUAAAGGGGGCGAUGAGAAAGGAGUCUAUCUUUAUUGUAGUGCCUUCUAUUCCUCGAGAAAGAAUAGAGAAAACCCCCCCUUUGGAACUUCUCCUUCUAUUCCUCGAGAAAGAAUAGAGAAAACCCCUGGAGCUUCCCUUCUUGACCUUCUCCUUCCAUUUUGAUAGGCUAACAUAUAAUCUAGGUUGCCUUUCUAUGAGGACGAGCAGCCCAGUCUAGUCUCCUCUGUAGCUUCACGAAGGGUAAGGGAAGGGGUAUUUGGAAAUAGCUGCUCUGAGAAGCUGGGCUUAGGGUGUGCCUUCAUAGGUCGUUUCAGUGACUCAUAGGGCUUACCUCAGCUCAAACUGGUGUCGCUACCUCCCCUAGGACUUGAAUGAUUAUCCCUGCCCGAUGGGUCUACAUUCAUCCCGGAAUGUCGUCGGGUACUAUUAACUUCCCCGCCAUUCUUGUAACCGUCACCUGUAAUCCGCGCAGGUGUGUCUGCACCCCCUAAGAGUUGACGAGAAAGAAAGGAAUUCUCGGAGCCCUUCAAGACCCACUUUCCCGUAUGAGCAUUCGGUACAUGUAGAAGUCUGUGGAAGAGUGAAAGGGUCACAAAAAAGGAGGAUAUCCCCCCUAAUCUUAGAUGGGUCGUAAGAGGGUUCGCCGCGGUUCAUUGCUGUGCUGACACACUAGGCUACCCUUUUCCGAAAGCGUAGCGGGACUACCUAUCACUAGUCUUCGGCCGGAGGGGUUUAUUGCACGAAUGCCGGGACGCUAGGAAGCCCAACGAAUGUAAGAUGCAAAGCCCCGCACCUCAUUAAGAUCAUAUUGGCAUACUCUCCUAAAAAAAAUAGAGCAGACCCCAUUGAAGACGGGAGUGAGGUACAACAAGGCCAUUUCAGUCCCUUCUCACGGAGCCGUACGUGGACGUUACCGCUCAUACUGCUCCCAGCCAGCAAGAGUUAGCAAAGCUCUACAAGGAAUAGAAGUGUGGAUGAAUCGACAUCAAAAAACAUAGAAUCAUGAAAACCAACGUAUUAACAAGCGCGUUUCGAGUUAGUUAGAAAUCCAGAAUACAAUAUAUAACAUGCAUGAUUAGAGCAUCCCUUUCCAUACAAUAUAUAACAUGCAUGAUUAGAGCAUCCCUUUAAGAAAAACCUACUGAUCCCCGCCCACUCCAGCCACUUCAGCACCUUGUGAUCCUUGAUAAGAUCAUUACGAGCCCUCUAAAAGAAUGGUAGAUUUUGUUUGAUAAUGCCAUGGUUGAGAUUAUGAGUAAGAGAAUGAAUCUGGGAAUCCAAUACAUAUUCAUCCAGGAGCUUUUGCUCUCUUCAGUCGGGAAUACUUAACAUAUUCAUCCAGGAGCUUUUGCUCUCCUCUGUAUAGGGGGUUUAUAGAGAAAGAAGUGAGUCGAGGCGGAGGGGUUUAUAGAGAAAGAAGUGAGUCGAGGCGAGCCCGCUUCGCUUGACCGAUUCUUCGGAGUCGGAGGAAGAGAAACCCUGAACAAGAAGGCGAUGUGAGAUCAACAGCAAAAAACAGUGUUUUUAUGCCCCAGAAGAGCUGCCCACGGAUAAGAUAAGCCUAUAAGAACAAAGACGACUGGACACAAACAAAAGAAACCAGAAGACCCUAUUGAUCUUAUUAAAGCCCUGCCCCGAUGAUAGGCUCCUAUAGCUCGCUACACUACACUACAUAUCGGAAAAGGUCUCUCUAAACUUGGAGAUAAGAGAAUCAUUGGUUUGACCGACGAGCUACGUGGGAAAUACAAGAUCUAGGCAAGCCGAUACAUUCCCCUUUCCCUUGAACGAUAGAUGGAAUCACUACUUGGGUUUUCUCUUAGAUUAGAUACGGGUCGAUCGGUUCGCAUCUUACUUGGUAUGUUUUCGGAUCUAUAUUCUUCUAUCUAUAGGAGAAAUCGCUAUCUCGUUGCACCACACCGAUUCUCGCUCUUAUUCCUACCCCCCAUGCCGUUACUUUGACUGUUAGUAUGAUGAAUGAGUGUCAAGAGAGUUUAUAGAAGUUCCCUGUCCCUCCCAUAAAACCCAAUAGUUCUACUUGCCCUUCUUGACAACAAACUAAGGGUGCUGUUACAACGCCACCGACCAAACAUAGAGUAUGCUUACUUACAAGAUAAGGCUAUAUCUUAUAUGAUUGAAAACCGCUCUGCUCUAAUCAUUCAUUUGAGAUUGUAGGCCGUAUCAAUGAAACCGCAUAGAGAUAGCUUCAAAGAAGACAAGAAUAGCGAAACUCAACAACUACUGACUUACAACUGUGGAAUGGCAAUCUUAUUCCUUCCUAACUGUGGAAUGGCAAUCUUAUUCCUUCCUAUUAAAAACAUAUUAAGAUCCUAUGAGGCAGGUAAUCCUUUGAUUAAGAUCCUAUGAGGCAGGUAAUCCUUUUCCUAUUAAACAAACUCUCAGGUAAUCCUUUUCCUAUUAAACAAACUAUGAUUAUCCUCAAUGGAAUCCUAUAGUAGUUAAAGGUUGUAUUCACUAUGAUUAUCCUCAAUGGAAUCCUAUAGUGGUAUGUAUCCGUUUUUCUUCCUUCAAAAUCAAUAGAGAGAUAUAGAUCAAUAUAGAGAUAUCAAUCCAAAGUAUAAAGAAGUGGUUUUCUAAUUCCAAUAUAAAUAGAAUAUCUAGAAUCAAGAACUUAUUAAGGGCCUUUGAAAACAUUAUACAGUUUGCAU